AUGAAUCGGCGAAAGACUACGUCCGUACUAGAUGGUGCUUUGCAACGUUCGCAACGAAUCAAGAUCAUGGAUCGAAAUGAGCCUGCGAAUGAUGGGCAAAGUGAUGGUCUGAGCGAGUCUCGAAGCUACCGGUCAUACGAUGGCGAACCCACGAUACGUUAUAAUGUGGAAUGGAAAUUGUUCGUGAAGAAUAGGGGACAGGCUGGCGAGUCGGAGCUUGACAUUGUGAUAUCGCCGCACAAAUUCUGGAAACACGUCCUCCUACCGAAGAUGAUGGAAGCGAGUGCCAACAAGCCAUGGGCCGAGGACGCCACAAAGCUUAUCCUUUCCGUGACCGAUCGUAGGACGAGCAAGAUAACAAAACGAUUUCCCAAACUGAACGUGGACUGGCGUUUUGUUGGGAAACAACUUCAGGAAUGGAGUCACUUCAUCAACGAUGGCAAGAGGAUAACCGCCACCAUCACAUUCUACUAUCAACAUGUAGAAAGCAAUAGCACGUCUGGCAGGGGAGGGGCAACAGCCAAUCAAGAAGCAGACUUGGAGGCUAGAACGUCUAUUUUAGGUCGAGGGAAAUGUAUCAGGCAGGCAUAUGCUCUUAUGCGUUGCCCGGGGCCACCAUGUACAGAGGGGGAUCACUGCUGGCAGUACGAAGGGCGACAUUACCCACUUCGACCUCAUCACGUAAGGAUGUUGGCCGACCAUAUGCAAGCUGGAAGGACUCUAAAUGGGCAUGACGACGUCCCUGAUGAUUUCCGUCGGUUGGUUCUCGAUGACCAACGCGAGCGGGAAGAAAGGGAACGGAAGGAGCAAAGUCGUAAGCGCAGGCGGCGGAAUUCAGACGAUGCUCCCAGUAUGCUGACUGGCCAUUGCUACUAUUGUGCAACUGGAGGACGUGGUACAGAAUCGGCCGCUCCUUUAACCCCCGCGAUGGUUUUCCCAACGUUCCCACUAACAGAGUCUGAACUGCCCAAAGAAGACGAGGUGAAUGCGUACAGCGUAUGGCAACGGUCACUGGUGAGGAAUGAGGAACGAAAAGAGCAGUACAGAUUAGCUGAGGAGUUGACCUUGGAGCGUUGUUUUGAUCUUGAUAUGCUUGCUAGCAACCAAGAAAGGAUAUACCGGCUCUACGUACGCCAUGGCAUAGCUGAAGGCAUCGCGUGGCGCUACAUCAGUGACAUUAGAUCGUAUUUGGAUCAACGCAAAGGGGCAGAGCCCAUCUCAUAG